GCAAAGGCACCUCCUGCAGCAUCACUGCACCGAGUUCUUGGUUGGCGCGAUUAAUUGACGCAAUUCGCCUUUCUCGUGGUUUUUUGUGGUUCAGAUGGCGCUGUUAAGAAAAGGACUGGGGUUAUUGCUGACACAUGCAUCUGGAAAACCACAGCAGCUGCCUUUCAGCCUUUCUGCAGCCUGUGCAGCCAUUCAGAAAAUGUCCCGAGUGCGUGUGGUAGACAACAGUCCGCUGGGGAACACUCCCUACCAUCGACCUGCCAAAUGCAUUCAUGUCUAUAACAAAACUGGGGUCGGCAAAGUGGGUGACAAAAUUUUACUCGCCAUCAAAGGACAAAAGAAAAAAGCCCUUAUAAUCGGCCACAAGAUGCCUGGUCCUAGAAUGAUGCCACGAUUCGAUUCCAACAAUGUGGUUCUCAUCGAGGACAAUGGAAACCCCACAGGAACAAGAAUCAAGGUGCCUGUGCCCUCCAGUCUGCGCCGGCUAGAAGGAGAGUAUUCCAAAGUGUUGGCCAUUGCUCAGAAGUUUGUGUGAUGAGAUGGGACUGUAGCCUGUCUCAUCAGGCAACAUUUACAU